AUGUACAGCACCUGGGCCUUCCAUCCGCCGCUUCCUGGCUACGAGUUCGGGGACAUCAUCGGCCAGGGCGGCUAUGGCGUGGUGAAGCUGGCCCGCCAGCUGGCCACGGGCAGGGACGUGGCAGUGAAGAUCUUCCUGCAGGAGCGUCGAGCCUCCAGCUCGCGGAGUGUGGCCCGGGAAGAGCAGCAGCAGGGCAGAUUCGUGUUUCUUGUCAUGGAACUGGCCAGCAGGGGCACCCUGGAGUGCUACGUGCAUGAGCAGGGUGGCCUGGGGGAGCAGGAGGCAAGCUUGCUCUUCGCCCAGAUCCUGUCGGCUGUUGAAUGCUGUCACAGCAGUUUCAUAGCCCAUAGAGACAUCAAACCGAGCAACAUGUUGCUGGACUCCAACAUGCACGUGAAGCUGGCCGACUUUGGGCUCAGCCUCCGGCUGCUCGAGGGUGCGCGGAUAAGGGGCUUUCACGGGACCCCCGAGUACUGUGCCCCGGAAACCUUUUCCGGGGAGGAAUAUGACGCCUUUCGGGCGGACAUGUGGAGUCUGGGGGUGACGCUCUUUGAAAUGGUGACGGCCACACUGCCCUUCACUGGGGACACUGCAGAGGAACUUGAGAACUGCAUCGUGGCUGGCAGCUACGUGCUGCCACGGCCCUGCAGCCCGGCCCUGACCGAGCUCCUGGGCUUCCUGCUCAGCGUGGAGGCCUGCGCCAGGUUCACCGCCCAGAUCGCCAGGACGCACUGGUGGUUCGGCCCCCGCGCCCAGGAGUCCCAGGACAGCCCCGUGCCCAGGGAGGACUCUGCCACCCUGGUGGAGCUCCUCAGUGUGCCCCAGGACCUCAAGGACAGGCAGUACCUCGCGCAGCUCGGCCUGCUGCCUGGCAGCACGGCACAGGGGACGCCAGAGCCUGCGCCCCACGAGUCUGGCUUCCAGCCGCCUUGCUUGUUGCCAAGCGCUGGGAGCCAUGGCGCUCAGGACUCCUUACAUCUGAGCUCCAUCCACAGCGACUCGGUGUGCUUCUCGCCCAGCUGCUCCACAGCCAGCCUCUCCAGCCAGCCCUCAGGCCAGCUGCAGCAAGAGCAGAGCUCCCUUUCCAGCGCAUCCCACGAGCCGGUGCCUGAGGCCUCGUGCCCCGUGGCCAGCACCAGCAGCCCAACGGACCUCGCACAACCGGAAGUGGAGGCGCCACGAGAGCCUGAGAGCACUGGGUCGCCCAUUCCCGCCAAGGAGGGGAAGCGGGGCUUCCGUGGGGUCUGCAGGAGCUUCCUAAGGUUCCUGCAGCGCGCCUGCUGCAUCCAGCAGGACCCAGACAGAGGCCCCGGCCUGCGCUCCAGAAAAGUAGCCCCGGAAGACUCUGCCCAGUCCAAAUUAAGAUGA